AUGGCUUCGUUGUGUAGACAAAUUAUCCGUGCAAAUGCUGUAAGGAGUGCGCUCCUUUCAACAGCCCGACGGGGAUAUGCUGACAAAAUGAUGCCUGACCCCCUCGAGCAUGCCACUGGUCUCGAGAAAAAGGAACUGCUGGCGAUGCAGUCCGGUAAUGACGAUCCUUUCAACAUGAAAGUUCUCAAGAAAGCCGCCGGCACCCGCGACCAACCAACACUAGUUCCCUCCUGCUUUGACGCUAGAAUUGAUCACCCACGCCGCUGUGAAUGUGGACACUGGUACAAGCUUACCGAGAAGGCGCCCCUUUAA